CUAUACAGUUGUGAAUUUUUUAGUUUUGUUUAUAGUAUCUAUUAAAGUUAUCUCUAUGAUCUGUUGAUAGUACAUAGAUAUAUAAAAUAUUAUUAGUAUAUUUUUUAAAAUAUUACUCCGUAAUAUAGGAAAAUAAUUAAAAGUUACGUGUGUAAUCACUCCUAUCGUGAUAAUAAAAUUAGACGAUAAAACGUAAAAAUGAGUUUCUUUACCAAAGUAUUUGGUGGUAAAAAGGAGCCAAUUGCUCCUUCAACGGCUGAGGCAAUUCAAAAAUUACGUGAAACGGAGGAUAUGUUGAUAAAAAAGCAAGAUUUUCUUGAAAGUAAAAUUGAACUUGAAAUUCAAACUGCAAAAAAAAAUGGAACCAAGAACAAGAGAGCGGCUAUCCAAGCUCUUAAAAGAAAAAAACGUUAUGAAAAGCAACUACAACAAAUUGAUGGUACUUUAUCGACGAUUGAAAUGCAAAGAGAAGCUCUAGAAAGUGCUAAUACAAAUACAGCAGUUCUUACUACUAUGAAAGGUGCAGCAGAUUCAUUGAAAGCUGCUCAUCAACACAUGGAUGUUGACCAAGUUCAUGAUAUGAUGGACGAUAUUGCUGAACAACAAGAUGUUGCUCGAGAAAUUUCUGAUGCCAUAUCUAAUCCUGUAGCAUUUGGUCAAGACAUAGAUGAGGAAGAACUUGAAAAAGAAUUAGAAGAACUUGAACAGGAACAACUUGAUAAAGAAUUACUUGGUAUUGAAUCUACAGAUGAAUUGCCAGCAGUACCUGCUACGACUGUUCCAGCUGUUCCAACUGCUCCUGCAAGAACUCGUACAAAAGCUAAACCAGAGGAAGAUGAGGAUUUAAAGGAAUUAGAAGCAUGGGCAUCGUAAUUAAAUUGAAUUUCUAAAAAAAAAAAAUAUUGCCAAUUAUUAAUCUGUACAUUGAUGAUUUUACAGAGUAAUAGCUUCAACAUUUAAUGUCAAUAUCUUGUACCAAUUAAUUUGAAAUUCCUAAAUAUAGUAUUUUAUUUUUUAUGCACAAUUGUUAGAAAAGAGAAAAAAUCUAUCAAAACCAGUUUGCAAAUAUUGAUUCAUAACUUGUAAUUAUAACAUCGAAGCGGAAUGUACUUCAUUCAAUAUCUUAUGGUUUUUUUUUAAGAAGAAGUAAAUAUUUAUGAAUGAAUGAUACAUCCAAUAAUUGCUAUAACUAUCUUUCUUAGAAUAAACAAAUUUGUGCUUUAUAUAAAAAUUAUAUAUCGAACUAUUAUUAUAGUACCAAACUAAUAUGCAAAAAAACUCUUAUCAUUAUAUGUCAUUCUUUUGUUUUAAGUAAUAUUUUAAAUAAUAAUUUAAAUAACAAUUUUAAAAGAAUGCUUACAGCAUUAAAAUUAUGCAAAAUAAAUAGACUUUUAAUUAUUAUAUGAAGUAAUAUAUAAAUAAAUUUUAAAGAAUAAAAUUAUCUUAAAAACUGCAAAUAUAUAAUUUAUAUAAUUGGAAAAAUUGCAAUUUUUUGUAAAUUUAUAAUUUCACAAGUUUUCUCACAGGUAGUACAGAAUAAUAUACAGGAAAUGACGUGUAAUAUGAAUUUAUGAAUUUUUAUUGCUUCAAAGACCAAAAAUUUGGUAUGUCUUUUUGAAUAUGUCCCAUUAUUUGCACAAUUUAUAUAUUUGUAAAUAAAUGUUACUAAAAUAAAUACUUGAAAAUAUAGUGCAAAUUGUAUACUA